AUCCCAUCGAUCUUUCAUAUUCAGUGAUCACGAAGCUACAAAUCCUAGCAGAAAACGAAAAUGCUUCAAGAAAUUUUCAGUCCCUGUGAGACCGAUCAAUGCGAUGUUUUGAAACCCAUUUGUGAGCAUCGCCUUGAAGAUGAUGAUAGUGGUCUCAACGCAACAUUUUAUGCACCAACUCCUGCAGACAUGUACUCGAGGAGUUCAAGCUUCAGCAAUCUUUUACUGACGGAGAGUUGGAGCGAACUGCCCCGGGAAGUCGACAACUCAAACAACAUGUUGGUGUACGACGCUUUGCAUGACGCGCUCGAUUCCAGGUGGACGAUGCCUUCGGGUUCGAAUCAAGAACUUGAUUUUGAAGUUACGACCAUUGAUUACAACAGCAUUGGUUGGGCGACGGAGGAGAAACUGGAGACUGUGGAGCCUGAGGUACAAGUGCCGGUUGAGAAGACGCAUUAUAGAGGGGUGAGGAGGCGACCGUGGGGAAAAUACUCAGCAGAAAUAAGGGACCCCAAGAAAAGCGGGGCUAGGAUUUGGCUCGGGACAUACGAGAGGCCCAAGGACGCGGCCUUGGCCUACGACCGGGCUGCUUUUAAGAUUAGGGGGUCCAAGGCCAAGCUCAACUUCCCUCACCUCAUUGGCUUGGCCGAGCACGAUCCUGUCCGGGUCAGACCCAAGCGUCGGUCCGCCAAGCCUAGCUCACUGUCCACCUCCAACGAUGACGACUUGAUGAUGGGAAUGAAGAGAAGAAAGAGAGAGGUCAACAUGGAUGCUGAGGUGGAUUUUGGAAGUCCAAUCCCCUUUCCCAUAUUCGAUAUCGGUUUGUUGAGUGGGGAUGAACAGUUUUUAUUUUGAUUGUGCAAACUGCAAAGUUAUUGUCUCGUUCAAUAAAAGGUCAA